AUGCCCAAGUUUGAUAAAUUUAUGAAGGCAUUGUUAAAGGGUACGAAGCAGAAGCCAGUCAAAGAACGGAUAAACAUGCUUGAGAAAGGAAAUACAAAAGUGCCACAAACACUACCACCAAAGCUGAAGGAUCCAGGUAAGUUUACCAUCUCUUGUACCAUUGGUGGAGUAAAGAUCUCACACACUUUGUAUGAUUUAGGAUAUAGUAUCAAUGUAAUGCCACCAAAUAAGUCUAAAGAAUUGAACUUGGGAGAGAUCAUAUUGAGUAAUAUGACUCUCACUUUGGCUGAUUUAUCUAUUACUCAUCCCCAUGGUAUAUUACAAGAUGUGUUAGUACAUGUAGAUAAUUUAGUUUUUCCUGCAGAUUUCGUGGUGAUUGACAUGAAAGGAGAUACAAGAGGGUCAGUUAUUAUUAGACAACCAUUCUUGGCAACUGUGAAGGCUUUAGUAGAUAUUGAAACCGAUGAACUUAGUUUGAAGCUCAACAAGGAAAAUGUGGUGUUUAAUGUGUAUGAAUGGCCACCACAUGUAGAGGAUAUGAAGACAUGCUACCGGCUUGAAGAAAAAGGUACCAAAGUUUACAAAGGAGAAAAUAAAGGUGGAUUAAUCGGCAUGAGGGUAUCCCUUGCAUUUGAUAUGCCUUAG